AUGUUGCGUUUGCCUGUUGUGAGCCGGAGUCUUUUUCCAGCAGCCAUCACAAAAAGAGGCGCCGGUGCAGUCAACAAUGGUCGCACUGCAGCUACAGCAACAGCACCUGCCAGUAACCUCCUGGAGGUGUUUGUGGAUGGGACUCCUAUCAUGGUGGAGCCAGGAACCACAGUGUUACAGGCAUGUGAGAAAGUAGGCAUGCAGAUUCCCCGUUUCUGCUACCAUGAGCGCCUGUCAGUUGCUGGUAACUGUCGCAUGUGUCUUGUGGAGAUAGAAAAAGUUCCCAAGCCAGUGGCAGCUUGUGCUAUGCCUGUCAUGAAGGGCUGGAACAUCUUAACCAAUUCUGACAAAACAAGGAAGGCGAGAGAGGGUGUGAUGGAGUUCCUACUGGCUAACCACCCAUUAGAUUGUCCAAUCUGUGAUCAGGGGGGAGAAUGUGAUCUACAGGACCAGUCCAUGCAGUUUGGCAGUGACAGGAGCCGCUUCACAGAGAGCAAAAGAGCUGUGGAAGAUAAGAACAUUGGCCCGCUCAUCAAAACCAUUAUGACUCGCUGUAUCCAGUGCACUCGCUGUGUGCGCUUUGCCAGUGAGAUUGCAGGUGUGGAGGACCUGGGCACCACAGGCAGAGGCAAUGACCUGCAGAUUGGGACCUAUGUGGAGAAGAUGUUCAUGUCGGAGUUAUCUGGGAAUGUUAUUGAUAUAUGCCCGGUGGGGGCCCUGACCUCUAAACCAUACGCGUUCACUGCUCGCCCUUGGGAGACCAGGAAGACUGAAUCCAUUGAUGUUCUGGACGCUGUGGGUAGUAACAUUGUGGUGACCACUCGUGGCGGUGAAGUGAUGAGAAUCCUUCCUCGUAUUCAUGAGGAUAUAAAUGAGGAGUGGAUCUCAGACAAAACCAGGUUUGCUUAUGAUGGACUUAAGCGGCAGAGGCUUACCCAGCCAAUGGUGAAAAAUGAGGCAGGACAGUUGGUGCCCACAACCUGGGAAGAUGUGCUGACUCGUGUUGCUGGAGCACUGCAAGGAGUUGGAGGACAUGAUGUUGCUGCAGUUGUUGGAGGCCUUGUUGAUGCAGAGACUCUCAUUUCUCUGAAAGACUUGCUGAACCGUUUGAAUAGUGACAACCUGUGCACUGAGGAGGUGUUCCCCAUGUCUGGAGCAGGAAGUGAUCUGCGUUCAAACUAUCUUCUUAACACUGGGAUUGCUGGCAUCGAAGAAGCUGACCUGCUGCUUCUGGUUGGGACUAACCCACGCUAUGAGGCUCCUCUUUUUAACGCAAGAAUCAGAAAAGGUUGGCUUCACAAUGAGUUGCAAGUGGCCCUAGUAGGAAUGGAAGUGGACCUAAGUUAUACCUAUGACCAUCUUGGGGAGUCUGCAAAGGUUCUUCAAGAAAUUGCAUCAGGAACUCACCCAUUCGCACAGGUCUUGGCUAAAGCAAAGCAUCCUGUUGUUGUGGUUGGCAGCAGCUGCCUGCAGAGAGAAGAUGGGGCUGCGAUAAUGGCUGCUGUGUCAACUAUUGCUCAAAAUGCUCGCAUCAGCAGUGCAGUGGAGGAAAGUUGGAAAGUUCUCAAUGUGCUUCACAGGGUUGCCAGUCAAGUGGCUGCACUUGAUCUUGGGUAUAAGCCAGGAGUGGAGGCUAUCCGGAAGAACCCACCCAAAGUUCUGUUCCUCGUAGGAGCGGAUGCUGACUGCAUUACUCGCCAAGACCUCCCGAAGGAUAGCUUCAUAAUUUAUCAAGGUCACCAUGGAGAUGCUGGUGCGCCAAUGGCUGAUAUUAUACUUCCAGGAGCUGCAUACACUGAGAAAUGUAGCACCUAUGUGAACACCGAGGGCCGUGCCCAGCAGACCAAAGUGGCUGUGACUCCUCCGGGCAUAGCCAGGGAGGACUGGAGGAUCAUCAGAGCUAUAUCUGAGCUUGCUGGAGUGACUCUGCCCUAUGACACCCUUGAUGAAGUGCGUGGGAGACUUGCAGAGGUUUCUCCAAAUCUGGUGCGAUAUGAUGAUGUCGAGGAGGCCAACUACUUCAAGCAGGCUAAUCAACUGUCUAAGGCAGUGAACCAGGCUGUCCUUACUGAACCUUUAGUCCCUCCACAGAUUACUGUGAAAGAUUUCUAUAUGACAGAUCCGAUCAGCAGAGCCUCCCAGACGAUGGCAAAGUGUGUGAAAGCUGUGAAAGAGGGCGCACAAGCUGUAGACGAGCCAGCCAUAUGCUAAAUAAUCUACUGUAACAAUCAACGCACAAUGGAUAGCCAACGAAGUCUUGAAAAAAAAAUUAUACGCACAAUUUCUGUAUUUGCACAUUCCUAGAAACACAUUUAUUUGCAGUUGUGUUUUACUAUAGCAGCUGUUUUCCUUUAGCUGAUGCCUCAUAAUCUAUGCACAUUAUACACUGUACUAACCUGCUGAAUCAUGUGACCGUGAUACUUAGGUUUUAUCAAAUCUCCACAUAUGCACCCUGACAGUUGAUGUUUGCACUUGUUAGGACAGUUCAUAUUUUAGGAGGUGUGACCAAAGCUUUAAAAUACUCCAAAGUGAAAUAUAGUUUAUUGUCUUCCUGUUUAAAAAAAAAAAAAAUCCCAAUAUAUAAAAAGUGUUUAAAAUUAUAUUUUACUAAAGACUGUGGUAUAACUGCAAGUGUAGCUAUUUGUAAGAAUGAUUAUUUA